AUGGCCUCGUCAUCGGAGCAGCCCGCAGCCCUGGCCGAGGGCCGACGCAUCUACCUGGGCAACCUGCUGUACAGCGUCCAGCCCGUCGAAAUCGAGGAGAUGCUCAAAGACAACGGCUUUGAAGGCUACGAACAGAUUCAUAUAUCGAUGGAUCCGGUGACCGCUCGGAAUCCCGGAUAUUGCUUCGUCGAUUUCUCGGACCGCGGAGACGCCGAACGGGCACUAGCUUCCCUCGAGGCGCGCCUCCGUGGUAGACCACUCAAGGUCGGCCCGUGUGAGCCCAAGAAGCAGAACCGGAGUCGAUGGCAAAGCGACAGAGAGCCUGCUUUCAACAGAUGGGGAGACUGGUCGGGGCAGCGAAAGGGCGAUGGUGAGCAACGGGAAGCGCCAGCGCGCCCUGCUGGAAACAGCGGUAUCGAAAACGGACCGUACGGCGCUAUUAAGCACUUUGACGAGGUUGCUGCGACCGAUAACGACGGCCGGAGGCUCUAUGUUGGAGGAUUGGACUCCAUGGUUGAUCAGGCGCAACACCAGGAUGAGAUGCAGCAAAUUCUCGAGGGCCACAAACCACUGGCCAUCAGCAAGCGCAUCACUCCUCACGAGUCGACCAAGGCCAAAGGAGGUAACCACCACUACUGCUUUGUUGAUUUCGCGACAGUUGAGGAGGCCGAUGCAGCAAAGGACGCACUGGACCGUAAGGUUUGGGGAACCGGUCGGCUACGUGUCAACAUUGCUCGCGCUUUGCCCGACAAGCUUAAAGAUCGGACGACCCCCGCGGACGUGCAAAACGAUCAGAACGCCGCUGGUGAGCGCUCGCCUUGGAGGAAGCCCAGAUUCGACAAUUCGAACAACAGCACAAGAUACAAGCAGCGGUCUCAUGAAACAUCUCGCGCCAGGCACCUUGUAGAGCUUGAGAACAACCAUACGCCACCGUCCGUUGUUUUUCUAGGAGAUUCCAUGAUUGAACGCUUGAUAAAGACAGGCCUAUCUCCGAGCUUUGACCCUUGGCCAUCCCCAACCUUGAUCAGCGACGAAGUCAUUGCGCAAUAUCAGACACAUACCCCGUCGAUCAACACUGGGCGUCUACAGGGUGUUUUCAACGCCGGUGUGGGCGGCGACAAAUUCGAAAAUGUCAUCUAUCGACUCGUCGGCUCAACAGAUCCCUCGAGGCCCCUCGUUGGUCUCCUGGAAGCACUUCAGAAUCGCGGCGUCAAGUUGUGGGUAUUGCAUUUGGGCACAAACAAUCUGCAUCCCAAGCACGGCAUGAGAAAGGCCGACCUAGAUUUACUUGGCUUGAUCAUCGAGGCUUUACUCGACAUGGGUGGAAAGGUACUUCUCGUCGGGCUAUUCAGGAGGAAGGACAUCAAGGACGAGCUGGUGACGGAAGCGAAUGAGAAUUACAUUGAGCUCAUCAAGCAGAUUGAGAAGGGAAGACCGGACCGGAUACAAUUCUUGGAACCGCCCAUGAUCGAUAUGGAUGAGUGCUUGGCAGACCACGUUCAUUUGAACCAGGGGGGUUAUCAAAUCUGGGCCGAGGUUCUGCUCAAAGCGGUCAAGAAUACUCUGCAACUGUGA